AUUCAAUAUCCAUUGUUUGAGAGACAACGUAAAUAUACAUGUACAAUGGAGUAUUUCCAACAACUGAAUGUUGCCUAGUUACACACGUUCCUCUAGAAUAGGAACAGAAAUGAAUAAAGAAACAAACAUAAAAAUACUUUUAUUUAGUUUCUCUUAUAUGCCCCCGCAAGAAGGAGGAGGUAUCAACGAUCCAAUCUUGGAUUGCAAAAGAAGAUAUCGAGCCGCCGGUAAGGGCUUGGUAAGGGCAUCAACGAGUUGGUGGGAGGUAGGGAUGUAUGACACAUGCAACUGACCAUCCUGGACAAGCUGUCAUAUGAAGUGGUAGUCUAAUGUGAGAUACUUCAUGCGAGAGUGAAACACGGGGUUGGAGCUGAAGUAGGUGGCCCUAGAUUGUAGGAGUAGAGAAAAAGAGCGGAAAGUAUUGGUUGAUGGAGCUCAUGGAGAAGAUUUUGAAGCCAUUCCAGUUCCGUAGUGGCAUGAGCAAUAGCAUGGUAUUCAGCUUCAGUGCUGGAGCGGGCUACAGUUUGUUGUUUCUGAGAGCGCCAAGAAACAAGAGUGGAGCCAAAGUGGAUAAGAUAGCCGAAAGUAGAAGAUUGGUCGUCCUGAUUUCCAACCCAAUCAGAGUUAGCAAACGCAGAAAGAGACAAUGGAACUUUCAAACGACGGAUGGAGAGACCAUAUGUGAUAGUGUUGGAGACCAUAGAGAAGAAGCCGUUGUGCAUGCAUAUACUGAUAGAGAUUAAUAACAGAGUAGGUGAUGUCCGGACGUGUAUAGACGAGGUACUAAAGAGCACCUAAAGCCUGCCGGCGUGGAGGCAUUCAUAGGCGUUUCAACAGGCUUGGCGUGGAGCAUGAAAAAACGAUUCAGAACAUCCACAAUGUACUUAUGUUGAGAAAGGAGGUAACCAGUGGCGGUGGGGAUGACUUUGAUGCCGAGGAAGUAAUUAACAUCACCGAGUGCUUUGAGAGAAAACUGACUAGAGUGAGCCUCUUGAAUGCGAUGGAGAGUGGUAGGAUCAUUUCCAGUGAGUAGAAGAUCAUCAACAUAGACCAGAAAGUAGAGCAGGACUGGACCACGAGAAUAGACAAAUAGAGAGGCAUCCGAAUGGGUCUUGAUGAAUCUAAACUCGAGAAGAAACUGACUUAAGGCGUUGUACCAUGCACGCGGAGCUUGACGGAGCCUGUAGUGUGCCCGGUGAAGGCGAGAAACAUGGCCAGGGUGGUCAGGAUCGACGAAACCUGGGGUUGAACCAUACACACCUCUUCAUGUAAAGGACCUUGGAGAAACGCAUUAUUAACAUCAAACUGCGAGAUAAACCAACCAUGAGAGAGAGCCAAGGUGAAAACAGUACGAAGACCGGUUUGACGAUCAGACUAAAAGUAUUAGUGAAGUCGAGCCCAGGACGCAGAUGAUAGCCUUUGACCACUAGCCGUGUCUUGAAGCGUUCAAUAUAGCCAUCAGAGAGAUACUUAAUACGAAAAAUCCAUCAAUUACCGAGAACAUUAUAAUGGGGAAGACGAGUGACCAAGUCCCAUGUAUAUGAUUGGCCAUGAGAACAGUAUUUUCAGCCUUGAGUACAUCGGCCCAUUCAGCAUAACGUAGGGCUUCUUUGACACUCACAUGAGCUAAUGGGGGCGGUCUAGAGACGAUAGUGGCGUGAAAAAGGCAUUUCUUGGGCCGGAAAAUCCCAUCCUGGGCCCGAGUCCGCAUAGCAUGGGUGCAAAUGAGAGGAGGAGGAUCAGUGAUGGACUGGGGCCAGACGAAGGAGUGACUAGUUGGUCACCAGGUGGGGCUACUAUGGAGACCGGUGGAGAGAGCGGCCGAGUUGGUGAUGAAUUUCGCACAGGCUGGGAGACUGUUGAAGGGAAGAGGGCCUGGGAUGGCCCUGGCAUGGACGGAGGUGGUGUAGAAUGUCCCGACAAGUGGAGGAUAGUGGGUGAAUCGUCGUGUAGCCAGGAAGCCGUCGAGAGAGGCUCGGUGGGAAGUGAAGCAAUAUAACUUGGAAAACCACUCUCAAGAAAAGUGACAUGGUGAGAUAGGAAGAGACGGUCAGUGGUGGGAUCAAAGCACGAUAUGCACUACGUUGCGGGCAAUAUCCGAGAAAAAGACAGGGGCGAGAACGAGGGGAAAGUUUAUGAGCAGAGUAUGGAUGGAUGAAGCCAAGGAUAGAAAAGACAACAAAAAAUGUGAAGUUUAUGGUAAUUAGGAGAUAAGUUGAAAAGAAGGGUGUAAGGAAUGUUACCACGGAGAGCGGAGGAGGGAAGGCGAUUGAUGAAGCGGUGGAAAAAGCAAACGACCAAAAAGAAGUAGGAAGUUUAGCAUGAUAAAGAAGGGCCAGACCAAUUUCAACCAAAUGACGUUGUUUUCGUUCCCCAUAGUCGUUGUGUUUAGGUGUGUGGGGUGGGGUAAGGAGAUGAUUGAUGUUGUUAUUAAGAAGAGUAGAGCGUAGUUUUUGGAAUCCCCCACCCCCCCCCCCCACCCCACCAUUCAUGCAAAGACGACAAAUAGUGGUGAAAAAAUAAUUUAUUUUCCAAAAAUUAAAAAAGACUUGAAGAACAUCAUAUUUGUGGCAAAGAGGAUAACACUAGGUAUAUCGAGUAAAAUGAUCAAUAAUAAUCAAAUAAUAACGAUAUCCAUCAAUAGAAGAUACUGGAGCAGGGACCCAAACAUUAGUAUAUAACAAAUCAAAAGGUCGUUCACUGGAUAAAGAAGAAACAAAAAAAUGGGAGUUUAUGGCUCUUAUUCAAAAGAUAAGCAUCACAAGCAGAACUAGCGACUUUUGAAGUAACUGGAAGAGAGUUGGACCGAAUAAGGCUAAUAAGAGAUUGGUGGGAAGGAUGACCAAGAUGAGCGUGCCAGGAGGAGGCGGAUGUGCGAGUUGUCAUCAAGGCCAUUCGUACAUGCUCCACCUUACGAGGAAGCUUGUAGACAUCACCGUUCCCCCCCCCCCCCCCCCAGUAGAUGCGCCUCCGUGCGAAGAUCCUUCACAAUAAAUGAGUGGCGAAAAAUUCCACAGACACCGAAUUAGUUUGACAUAAUUUAGUGACAGAGAUGAGAUGUAGCUUAAUGUUGGGAAUAGAUAAAAUGUCUUGCA